CCCCUCCUCCCCUCCCUCUCCCAAACACCACCUUCACAUCCGUCUUGGCUCUAUGCCUCGUGGCUAUACCCCGCGGUAUGGGGUGGUCGCCGCACGAUUGUCCGCCAACACGCCGUCGUCGGCCCUCCCGCCGCCCAACCCGCGAGCCUAUGCCUCGGCGCUCGAUGCGCAGAUCCGGACGGCACGGACCUCUCCAGAAGCUGUCCGCUCGGGCGGCCGCUCCACUGCUGCUUCUGUCUACGUUCGUGAGCACGAGGCUGCUGUUGUCUCGCGCACGCUACGUGCCCUGCGCGCCCAAAAGGCCGCGGGAGGCGGAGCGAUCCAUCCGGUCGAUGCGCUCAACCCGAGGAAGGCCCAGCUCGAGCACGAGGUCGUCUCGCGGAAGCUCUUUGGUGCACCGGACAGCACCCGGCCGCCGCUGGCUCCUGCCGGCCCGCUAUCGCCUGUUCGGCCUUCGCUUGGCGAGCAGCUCGCCCGGGUCGGCCAUCGUCACGAUGUAGGCCGCCGAAACCGGGGCGCACUCGGCUCGCCCAGUGAGCGCGGACGGCGGCAGGAGCUGGUGGCCUCGCUUGAUCCGCUUGCCACCUCGGCUGCCCGCUCACGGACUUCGGGCCAUGUGACCUCCAACACCGAGUCGGAGCUCUCGCCGCUCAACAACUCGAUGGACGCUGACCAUGCUGCGCGGGCGGACGCUGUUGUCGGCGCCCACCGGCGAAUCUCGUCGCUCCCGCGCUCGCCGGCGGAGAAGGCCAAGCAAGCUGCUUACCGCCGCACGCUGGAGGCGCAGAUGGAGGAGAACCGCCAGCGGAAGGAGGCCGAGGCUCGCCGCCUCCAGGCCGACGAUGCCCGCCUCGAGGCAGACAUCAACUCGUACAUGUCUGCCGGUGACGCUUCAGGUGGGCACUCACCGCUCCGCGGACGGUCAAGCGUAACGCUUGCCGGUGUCGACGCCGGUGGCGUUCCACCGCUCUUUGCUUCGUCGGCCGCCGCCGCCUCGCGCUCGCCGACCAAGGGUGGUGGCGGCUCGCCGCUCCGUGACACCACGUCCGGCCAGGUAGUCUCCAACCUCCGCAACGCCGACUCGCUUAUCACUCGUGGUGAAGCGUCCGGCUCCGGCGGCCCGAGCCGGCCGGCCUGGUAUGCCUCGCCUGAGCGCCGGGCUGCUCCCGACACCAGCUCGCACCUUGCUCGCCUCAUCGAGUCGGAGCAAGCCCAUGCCUCGCAAAAGGCCUCACUGUUGAGGACCGAGAUCCGCGAGCAGUCGAUGCGGGCGUCACGGUUCUCCACCGCUGGCGCCUUUGAUGACACCGACGACCAGCGCCGCCGCCGGCAGCGCGAGCGCGAGUCGCAGGCCGAGCUCUUGCAGCAGAUUGAGAUGAAGCGCCUCGCCAAGGAGCUGGAGAAGGACCGCCGCCGCGAGGAGGAUCAGCGUGAUCUCGCUCGCAUCCAGGCCGAAAUACAGGAGAUGUACGAACGCGACGUCGAGGAGAAGCAGCUCGCUCGAGUUGCGACCUCGCUCGCGCACGGCGAGCCGCUGCCGCCGAACAUGCCCCGCAACAACACGCAGGCGACCGGUGCCGCCGCCACCCCGUCCGCACGCCCAUCGUCGUAUGCCCAGUUUGAGGCUCUCAAUCCGGCUGACAAGGCCCAGGUCCGCGCCGACGCCCAGACCGAGCACCAGGCUGCACUCCGCGCCCAGAUCGAGGAGCGUAAGGCCCGCCGCGAGGCCGAGGCCGCGACCGAGGCUGCCGCAGAAGCCCGCGAGUCGGCACGCCUCCAGCGCCAGCUUGCCGACCUGCAGCGCGAAAAGCAGCGCGACGCAUCGUACCUGCCAACUGUACAGCGGCCAGCCGAGCAAGAACCGCCCGCGCGGCGCCCGGCUCCGUCAUCGCCAUCGCCAUCGCCGUCGCCGUCGCCAUCUCCCGUUCCGCCAGCCCGCCGGCCGGCGCGCGAGCAAGCUGCGGCAGAUGCACGCUCCCGCGAGCAAGCCAGCCGCUCGCCCUCGCCCGACUACCGGAUGGCGCCACUGAUGGCAAGUCCGAAUCUGGCCAACGGGCGGGCCCUGGCGGCGGUGCGGGCGCCAGGCGCGGCGCUAGCCGACCCCUGGCGCCCUGGCCGGGCGACGAUGAAUCUUGACCGGCGUCCGCAGCCUGCACAUGCCCGGGCGGGCGCACCGGCCAUGCCGCGGCCUAACACCCGUGCUCCGCUGCUUAUGGCUCGGUUGGAGGACGCGCAGCGCACCAGGAUGCUGGAGGACGAGGCGGCGGCGGCUUCGUCGGCGCAAAUGGCACAGCUCCGCUCGCUCCGCUCGCAGCUGAGCAAAGAGCACGCCGAGCGGGCGACGCGAUCAGCAGCAUCUGUGUCGCGGGCUCGGUACGCGGCGCUUGCGUCGCCGGCCAGCCCGAUGGCGCGGCAAGGCUCGCCGAGCGCGUCAAGUCCAGGUUCAGUGAGCGGAGGAGGCAGAGCGCCACUCUCGCCGGUGGCGCGGCGGCACGGCUCGCGGCUGGCGCCGCUGUCACCAUCGAGCCCGUCGGCACUCAACGCGCUAGCCAAGCUCCCGCCUGUUGGCUCGCCGGCGCCUGUCCACGACGCGCUAGAGAGCAUGCCGGAGACCGGGUUGGGGAUAGUUCCUGGCGGGCCGCUCGAGUUUAUGCAGCGCGGACUAGAAGAGGACAUGGCGCGGUACUGA